AUGAUAUCCUCUGUGAAUGAACAAAACAAUAAGUUUUCUGCUCUACAAACAUCCAUAGAGGAAAUCAAACAACAAAAUAGAGAUAUUCAAAAAGCCAUGGAAUUCAUGUCAGAAAAAUAUGAAGAAAUUAAGAGCAGACUGGAUAAGAGUGAACAAGAAAGAGAUGAGGCACUGAUUCACGUAAGCGAGCUAGAAAGUAGAGUAGACCAGCUCGAACGGGCGGCUCGCAACACUAGCAUUGAGAUAAGGAAUAUUCCGAGCGUAAAACCUGAAACGAAAGAGGAUUUAAUACACAUAGUAAAGAACAUCGCUUCCGCAACCAACACUACCGUCACUGAUCACGACAUAAAAGAUAUCUUUCGUUAUCCCUCGAAGACCUCGGCCAAAAUGCCAAUUGUUGUGGACUUCUGCUCGGUGCUGAGGAAGGACACAGUUCUUAAUGCGGUGAAAAAAUUCAGGUCAUCCAAUAAAUCCAACCUGACUUCUGACAAAAUCAAAGUCAGCGGGCCAAGUCAGCCCGUCUACAUUUCAGAAAGCCUAACAGCUCGCACCAAAAGAACUUACGCCCUUGCACGGAAAUUUGCCAGCGAAAAUAAUUUCAAGUUCUGUUGGACCUCCCAUGGACAAGUUUACAUGCGGAAGGAAGAAGGCUCAAGAGCUAUCCGGCUGGACGGCGAAGGCGAUAUUAAUAGAUUGUUAAAUAAAUGA